AUGGAUGUAGCUUACAACCAACACUCGCGGAGACACAAUUCCCGCUCAUUCACCAACCUGAACCAUCUAACGCUCGCCCCCUUGACCUCCCGACUUCCUCUCCCCGACGCCGACGCCCUCCCUGACCUAUCAACGUCCUAUAUCGAAGGCCGCUCCGCUCCAACCACACCCUCGAUCCUGUCCCGGUCCUCCUCCCGCGUAUCCCUUCCCAGAGCCCUAACCAUGGCCCUCCCUAAAUCAAAAUCCAGCACCCACCUCCUCGCUCCACCUCCUCGGAAGCUGCCUCGCAGCGGUACCAGCACACCCGGCGGAACGCGACUGCGGAACGAGCUGUCCUUGACAGAGACGUAUCGUGUCGAUUCGGACUGGCUGCUGCGGGCCGGGGCGGCGAUAUCGUCGAGUACGCGGGAGAGCAAGGGGCAGUCCUGGUUGGUGUCUAGGGCCAGCUCGACGAGCUUGACGGGGCAGCGGGACGAGGACGAUGAGGAAUUGGAGAGGGAUCUUGCGAGGGAGCGGGAGCAGGCGAGCAGGGGGGUGAGUCGGAGGGGUAGUGUUGCUGCUGAUGCGGAUGAUGAGCUCUCUCCCGUGACGGUUAGGCGGAGCUUGAGCUUUGGACCGGCCACGCCGAGUAGACCGCAUAGCAGGUUCGCGAGUAGAGUAAAUAGCAGACGGGGGAGCCGGGCACAGCUGCUCACGCCUAUUGGUGGGGCAAUCGAUGGGUAUUUCGAUCAUGGGGCUUUUGCCCGGCAGGACUUUAUCACCGAACCCGAUUUUGUGGAUGCGGAAGACGAAGAGGAGGACUUCUACGAGGGAAGCGAUGAAGCGAAGAAAGACGACGCGGAGGUGAGGAAGCUGGCUAGAGCCAACAGCCAGGGAUUGAGCGGGUGGGUGGAGAGAAUGCUCGGAUGGAGUCUCUUUGCCGUGGAAGAGGAUGGCGAAGAUGAAGAGCUCACGGACGAGAAGGCUGAAGACUCUGAAUUCUCUCCACGUACUUCCAGGCUGCCUUUUGAUGGGAUCCACGAUCCUAUCACGGAGGAAGUUCCGCCGCCCAUGAAAGACGGCGAUGUGGCUGGCUGGCAGGAUGCUGCUUGGCUAUUGAGUGUAGCUACGAAAGUGCUGCUAUGA